AUGCCAGAAGUCGACGAUUAUUUUAAAGAAUUUAAUGUAAAUAAUUGGAGUUAUGAUGGAUUUUUCAAAUUCUUGACAACUGAAAAUAGCUUCAGACGACAACGAACCUUUAGUGGCUAUUCUCUUGCCUCCCAAUUACUUGCCCACCAGCCAGGAAAAAAAAAAAGCUUUACGCAAAAUCAAGAUAAUGAUAAACAUUCCUUGACAGCGAUUAGUGAAAGUAAUAAAUAUCCAGUAAGAUGCCGUAAAAAAGCGAACCAUAUUUUAAAUGACUAUUCUCCUGUGUGUUGUCAUUCUUUCUAA